CCAUGGCUGCACCCGACAUUCGGGCGGAGCUGGACUCGCUGCUCGUGCAGCUGCUCGGGGACCUAGAAGAGCUAGAGGCAAAGCGGGCGGCGCUGAACGCCCGGGUGGAGGAGGGCUGGCUCUCGCUCUCCAAAGCUCGCUACGCCAUGGGCGCCAAGUCGGUGGGGCCUUUGCAGUACGCCUCCCGCAUGGAGCCCCAGGUCUGCGUCUGCACCAACGAGGCGCAGAAUGGACUCCAGGAGUUCCGUGUGGUCAGUGCCGCCGCCCAGAAUCCAGAGGAGGUGGGGCCCCGUGAGGCAGCUCUGCGUAGGCGCAAGGGCCUCACCAGGAUUCCAGAGCCGGAGCCCUUCUCAGCCCCCCAAAAUCCUCUGCACUGGUUUGGAAUCCUAGUUCCGCACAGCCUGCGGCAGGCCCAAGCCAGCUUCCAGGAGGGCCUGCAGCUGGCUGCAGACAUAGCCAGUCUUCAGAUCCACAUCAACUGGAGUCGAAACCAGCUCCGGGGGCUCCAAGAGAAACUCAAGCAUCUCGAGUGUGGGGCUGCGUGACCUCUGUCCACAGAGGAAGGCAUGAGUACAGCUAUCCUUCAGUGUGGCUGCUUUACCUCAGGCCUUCUUCCUUCACAGAUUGCCCCACCCUGCCACCACCACCCCAUUCCCACCAGCUAAUCUCCUCUCCUUAAAAUUUCUCCGGUCUGCAUGUUUGCAACUUUGUUAGGUACGAAAGUUUGAAGAGGCUAGCUGAGGAACGUGCAAAGUCACUACACUGUGUGAAACCACUUCCAGUCCUUGUUCUAGGAAACACUUAUAUGGGGAGGGUCAAAGCUGUUAUGUUAGUACAUAUUAGUGAACAACAGCAAUCUUAUGCAUAAAUUGUUGCAGGUGAAGUACUGCCCAGCUAGUGACAGGAAGGACAAGAAGUAGGUACUUCAGUUUCACUAGAUCCUCAAAACUGUUUAAUGGAGGGGAAGAACCAUACAUGGCUAACAGAUAAGGAGAGAAUGAUUCCUCAUCGAUAACAAACGCAAUCACCGGCAUAGAUGGGCAGCCCUUGGCAGGUUUUAAGCUAAGAAGUAAAAAAGAUCCAAUCUACAUUUUCAAAUGAACCCUAGGAAGAGACCUUUCAGGUUUUCUAAAACCUGCCUUUAUCUUUCCAGUAGUGAGAUUGAACAUUUUCUAAUUUGUUGAGAGGCCAGUUAUAUUCCCUGCCCUGGGAACUCUGUGUCCUUGACUUCAUUUUCUUAUUGGGUUAAUAUUUUUAGCAGAUUCUAAGGAGCUAAUUUUUAUGCUUGGGGGGAAAUGGGUCCUUUGUUCAUACUAUGAGUGAUUUUCCCACUUUGUCUCUUAACAUUAUAGAUGGUGGUUUUAAAGAUAAGUGUUAUUGUAAAAUAAAACACAGAACCACACAGAAUAAUUGAAUAGUUUAAUGAAUAAUUAAGGUGAAAGCUAUAGGGACCAUCACCCAACUGUUGUGUUUUUUAGUCAGUUUAGUUUUGAUUUUCCAUUUUAUUUAUAUUUCCAUCACUAUUUAACCCCAUAUACCCUCUUCCACCUCCACCUACCUCCCCCUGCAGGCAGCACACUGUUGUCCCUGUUCAUGAGUUCUCUCUUUUUUUGUUGUUCAACCUCUUCACCCCCUCCUCACAAAACCUCACCACCACCAGAGCUGUCUACAUGCUCUCUAUCUGUGAGUCUGUCUCUAUAUUGCUUAUUGGUUCGGUUUGUUUA